AUGAAGAUGCCCCAGAUGAUGGCCCCGAAGAGGCGCCUGAGCCGACCUCAGCUAAUCAACAAGUUACUAUUCGCAGAGCAUGCGACGCUUGUAGAGCAAGAAAAUGAAAGGAAGAUUGACCAGAUUGACCGUCGACUCGAGACGGUUAUCAGGCUCCUUCAUGAUAUGAAGGUCAACCCCUCGGCUGGAACGACCAGCAGUGAUAGGUCAGGUGGAGUCUUGGGAACACCGCCUACGGAGGGAAUGUCACUGUUCUCCCAAGAUGGGCCUCCUACAUCAACAAAUACGCCAUCGAGCCACGCUCUUCAGGCAGACGAAGAGUCGAGCGCGGUUGUUGAAGGAGAAUCCUCUCUGGCGGCCCACUCGGUAUUCGCGACGGAGUUCCUUCAGAAAGUGGUGAGCACCAAGUCACUGCAAGAUUCAAGUCUCGACUUGGGUGAGACUCUGGAAGCGCUAUCCCAAAUCGUCACAGCUCUCAAGCAGCAGCCAGUUGCGGGAGAGAUGACAUAUCCUCAUGCAAAGCCGAUACAAAGGCAACGCAUCCAGGGUCUUGAGUUGCCACCCAUUCAGAAAGCUGUAAACACCAUUCGCGUUGCAAAGAGCCAACGACUCUCUGGAAUGGCAUGGAUCUACGACUUCUUGCCAACCCGCCGAUUUCCAGACCUCUGUCUUAAUGUCUACUUCUCAGAAAACCACUCCGAAUACGACUUCAUCACUGUCAACGGCGGUCUCUACUCACUUUUCACCGACUACGCUGCACAAAUCUCACCAGAAGAUAAGAAAGAGUACCAAGAGUACGCGAGAAUGUGUAGGACAAAUCUGGAGACCAGCUUGUCGAACCUUCCACUUCACUUGCCAGCAUCUGCCGACGUAAUUGUAGCUCUUCUAUUCGGAACAUUCCACGCCGUCGAGAUUUCAAAACCAUCACUCGCAUGGACGCUGGCAUCAAAAGCCUCAGAAUUAUGUCAGACUUUGGGCUACCACAGAGCGGAGUGCCUGAAGAACACCAAAGAUGACGGCAAACCCAGGGUUCGCGGCAUGCACUGGCACCAAUUCCUCUUCUGGAACGUCUACUAUAUCGACAAGAGCCUGUCACUUCGCUUGGGUCGUGCGUCAACAAUUCCUGACUGGCACAUCACCAUGCCAGAGCCCUCAUUAGAGGACCCCUUGGAGGACCCUCUACUACCGUACUACGUCCUAUGGAUCCACACCGCGAAGUGCCAGGGAAAGAUCUAUGAAAUGUUGUACAGUCCAGACUCAAUGGCACAGCCUUACCAUGUCCGACAGACUCGCGUGCAUGAGCUUGUUUCCAUGCUCCAUGACGUGGAAACGCGGACACAAGAGGCGAAUGCCAAAUGGGGUGACAGGGCCCGAGAAAUGGUGGAAGGGGCUUUCGUCGAUUUCUGUCUCAUAUCUGACUCGGUUCUUCGUCUGUCAAUGUUGACAAUGGUAUACAGAGCUGCACCGCGCGCUGAAGGUUCUCCCACGACUUUCAGCCCUGAGUGCAUAAAGGCCGCUAGAGCAGCUCUUGAGAAACAUCAAGAGUGUGUUUCGGUCAUGCGGAAGUCUCAUGAUGUCUAUUUUGCGACUUACAUCCACUGGACUAUCAUGUUCGCCCCAUUCAUACCCUUCAUUGUGCUCUUCUGCCAAGUUAUCGAGACGCAAGAUCAGCAAGACUUGGCUCGCUUACAUGGCUUCAUCCUCUUCCUUCAGGAAGCAAACACUCUCUCCGAUGCGGCGCACAAGAUGCAUCGCCUAUUCCAGGUGCUCUACAGUGUCGCUCUCCGGUUUGUCGAAUUCCGAACGUCCACGCCACAGGCGCAACAGACACAGGCGAGCGCUGAGAUGGACGCUUAUCUUGCUGCCCUUGGAUUCCCUGCAAAAGGAGGCAAUGGCGGAAAUCAGCAGGUUCAGCCACAACCGCAGCAUCAACAUGAGAUGGACUUUUCUCAAAAUACGAGCCAGACAUCUCAAAUGGCGGGGGGCACUGUGAUGUCGGGUAUGGGAGGGGACUCGAUGGACGAGGGGCUGAUGAAGCCCGGGAACCCAAUGAUGUGGAUGACGAAUGCGGCCCAGCUGGAGGACUUCUUGUACAGCAACCAGGCCAUGAUGGACCUGCUGCAAGAGCCCAAUUUCGAGUCAGGCCAGCACCCUUGA